GUCGAAUGCAAUGUGAUUUUUUUUUUUCCACCCGUGAGUUGUACCUCGCAAGAAGUAGUUGAUUGUGGUGCGUCUCUUCGGUCCUCAUUGCAUAAAAAUGUGUCUUGCGUCUUCUAGUACUGUUCGCGCUACUAGCUGAACAUCUUCUUGUUCUUCCGUAUCAUUCAAAUUCAUUCCUUGCCAGAAGUUCUAAAGAACAAUUCACUACACGCUGUACUCGCCCAUCAUUGGUCCUUGUUAGUUCUUGUUACUCCCACAAAGUCUAAGACUUUUUCAUCGGGAUAGACAAAGCGAAAAUGUCAUCCUCAGCUCCAGGGGAUCCAUCAAGGUCAGGAGGCACAGGACCCCUUCGUACUCCUCUGCUGGCUGCAGCUGCAUCAACAGACAACUCGAGUUCCAGUCAAGGACAGCAGCCUGGGUUCUUCAGCAAUCUUUUAUGAGGAAAAAGAUUUCGUUACAGUAUUUCGGAGAGUGAUCGUGCCACGUUGAUCAUGUUUAUGACAGAAGAACCCCUUAGGAUAGGAGGUGCUUGCCCUGAAAAUAAUCGACACCUCGAUCUCUAUUUCAUAGCACUCACCGUGGUCUUUCUACCCCCUGUCUCGUGCCCCUUUUCAUAUCCUGGCAUCUUCAACGCGGGCUCAACGGAGCAAGGUGGGUCUUCGUCUUCGAAUCGACCACCUCCAUCCAGCAGUGGGGCAGAAAAUAACGCGACAACACCUGGUGCAGCCGCUGGAGGAGCUAGCAGAAGUACACCUGGAGCAGCUGCCUCACCGAGUAGCGGUGGCGCAGGCAGAGGAGGAGCAGCUGCUACAAAUACUGGCACUUCUUCGUCCUCAACCAGUGCUGGUGGAGGAGCACAAGCAGCGAGUAGCAGUGCUGGUGGACCAGCAAAUACUAGUAGUGGCGACAACCGCCCAGGUGGUGGAGGACCGAAUGAACUACAGGGCGAACCCGCCGCACUAGGUACCUGGCUGCCUCAAGCUUUUCAGGCUGCAGCGAAUGAAGGCGAGCAGCUGCAAGUGUUUGCACCAGAUAGAACGUUGCGGCAAAGCCACUACUCAAUUCGACUCAGAAUAUGCUGCGAAGUCCUGCUAUUUCUGGGUUGCAUACAUUUGGGAAUCUUUCCGGAUUGGUGGAACGGCGUCACGAACAUAGGGAUUGCUAUAUUGCUGUACUUCUUUCUUGAAGUUGAACUAUAAUGUAGUUCAACGAACUCGAACUACCUGUUAUAUAUUUGAUACAACUUUUCACGAUGAUUGAUACUUUGUAUGGUUCUGGUAUUUGGUAACCUGAAUUUGAUCCUAAGGGUUCUCUUCAUACUUUCCCGCCUGAUCUCACUUAGAUUGAUGCAGGAGCUGCGAGGUAGAAGGAGUAGGAGAGAACAAAGCAUCUUCCACCUAUCUUUAUCUUAUGACAUGAAUCCUCUCGACUACGUACAGGUCCACCUCCCUCUUCCGUCGCGCAUCUAUCUCCACCCCUCUCUACGUACAGGUCCACCUCCCUCUUCCGUCGCGCAUCUAUCUCCACCCUGGUGUCCGUAGUCCUGCUAGCCUUCUUGAACGCACUGGUGCAGAUGAUUGCGUUCGUUUCCCUUCUAAAGAUCGAAAUCCUAGACCCCCAGGAAGCACCUAAGCAGCAAGUCCUGUUCAUUGCCUACAUCAUUCUGGUGUUGUGCGACACAAUAACGAUGCUUGUGACGGGGAAUGCAUCGGCGAUGCUGUUGAGGGACGUGCUGCAGAUUAUACGUACUUCCAUCUUUGCCUCUACAGAUUCUGAUUUCCACACGAAACUGAAAUCUACUACGUCUACAUCUACUGAAUAUCAUCCUUGUGCGUGUAGGUUUCCGUAUAAGAAAGUACUAUUUGUACCUCGUCUCGGUCUCUUCUCCCGCAUAUUAUAUCCUUCACAGUCCGACAAGAGCAGCAGAACCAAGAUCUAGAGAACCCUCUCUUAGCCGGCGCAACUCCCGUCGUCUCCCGGGGACCGCAGUCCCCAGUUGAUCCGACCGUGGGAAGGCCAGUCGGUGAUGCCUUGCAGCCGUUCUCGGGAAGAGCGUUCAAGCUGGAUGAAGUGUAGUGCUGUGGGACGCGUUGGCGCUGGCGUUAGUUCUCAUAAUUGCGCAAGAACAAGUCAGAAAAUUUGUACUUGUUCUAAUCGUGCUUAUCUAGAUCUCAAGAUGAUACAUGAAACAACUCUUUUUGUUGGUCAACGACCUUCCUGUGCUACUUGUACAUCCGUAUGCAUUUUCCAUAGUCUUAACCAUAGUCGCGCAUAUGAAACUAACAGUGAUACUUGUGUGUAGAUAUUGUGGACGCACCGUGAAGAUAGCGCUCGACGGUUCUGAUACUCACUCGGCUGUAUAUUACACUUGUUGGCAUUUUUUCUCACACACUGGGAGGCCAAAGAAAUGAUCAGGCAUGACGCGUUCUGGCGCUUCUCUGUAGCCAUGUUGAAGAAAUCUAAAUCCUACAUGAUCCUGCUACCACAGUAGUCGUACUGUCCCUUCCUACAUGAUCUUGCUACCACAGUAGUCGUACUGUCCCUUCCUACAUGAUCCUGCUACCACAGUAGUCGCACUGUCCCUGGCGUGAUCUUUCAAAAACAAUGACUAUUCUAUUGACCAUUUCUCUUCCUCGGAAAAAGAUUCCACUUCACCAUUGCAAACGAUAACGAUCGAGAUCUUUGAUCAUCUAUGAAUUUG